AUAGUGCGCGAUGAGGAUUGAAAAUAUAUGGCACUGAACAGGAUUUGCAACGUGGUUUACAGGCUAUACGACAGCCCGUUACUGUCUUCUGACGUGUUCACUCACAUAGUAAAAAUGCAAGUCCAUUUUUUUAACCAGGUGAACAUCUUGUUGGGGGAGACAGGGGAGCCUAUGGGCCGAGGAGCAAGACACCAAGAAAUAUCGACGCCACAUCUUAACUCAAAACCUUAAGGCAUUAGGUUUAUGAGUCCAUCUCCUUAUAAACUCUCCCUCUUACCUUGACUUCUUUGAUGUGAGACUUGACUCUAACACUUGAUUCCAACACAUCUAAUAAUAAUUAUUAGAUUUUUUUUAUAAUACUUUAACUCUUAUUUGUUUUACAAGUAUUAUUUUAAAUUCUGAUUAUAUUCACAUAAUUUUCACAACACGCAGAAUGUCUAGUAGUGUAGCCGAAAAUAGGAAAGCCAUGAGUGAUCAAAAUUCAUCCCAUGUUCUUGAACUCUCUCUAUCCCCAAAUUAAGCUUUGGAAGGAAAUAAAUAACCAUCCAAAACAGAGGGCCAAGCGCAUCUCUCCCAUUACGACCACUUAACCUUCCUCUGAGCAGUUUAUAAACAGAAACCAACAUUGCAUUACAGAAUACUAGACAAAAAAAAAUGGAAACCAUUGCAAAACGUUGUUUAUCGCUGAUCUUGAUGACAACAUGCCUCAUUUUAGUGCAUCACCAAACCGCUGCAGCUAAGGAACUCAAAGGCAAAAAGCUAAUUGAAAAAGUAUGUGCAGACACACCUGACAAGGCUGCCUGCAUUAAGGUGCUAUCUUCGGACCCAACAAGCGCAAAAGCCAGCCUAACAGAUCUAGCAAUGAUGUCGCUGAAGAUGGCGGCGGCAAACGCGACGGGGAUACUAACCGACGCCAAGAUGAUGAUUGAUAAUCCUGAUUUGGACCCUGAUGUUCAACAGGGCUUGGCUGACUGCAAGGAGACGUUGUUGGAUGCUGAGGGUCAGCUUGAGGACACUGUCGCGGCGCUUUUGAGUGGUGCCAAACAUGAUGCUCAGCUGUGGCUGCGCGCGGCGCUGGCCGCCAUUGAUACCUGUGAUGCGUCGAUCCCCGGUGCUGAUGAUGUUCUCUCUAAGAAGAGUGUUGGGUUUCGCCAGUUGUGCAAUAUUGCCUUGGCCAUCAGCAAGGCCCUAGCUCAUGAAUCCUAAUUCGAGCUGGUAGGAAUUAGGAUCUUUAUGAGCCAUAAAGGCAAAACUCUUUCGUAUAAAAUAUUUAACGUAGCUGUAUUUACAAAGACCUCUUAACUAGAAUUUCUCAGCACGUUGGUUUUGUACUUUUAUUUAGUAGAUCAUAAUAUUGAAUAUUGAACUAUAUAUGUUGUUGGUGGUUUGUUU